UCGGAGAAUCGGGUAAACACUUUCGAUUCGACGACGGGAAUAAUUCGUUGCGUCUGUUCAAAUGAAGGGACGGAGCGUGUGUAAGGAACUUUCGACAGUGCAUUCGUCUUCCGGAAUACCAGCGUGUCGCGGACACACGUUGUUUAUGCGAAAUCCUGUGGCUCGUGGCGGCGAGAACCGAGAGCGCAGGCGUCCGGAGUCCUGUGGCGGCAAGCGCGGACUCGGAUUUUCUCUAGUGUCGCGUCAACUGCCGCUGGAGAGUCGUGCGCAUCACACCCUCGGUCUUGGUUGUUGCCAAAGUCUAUACAAGCUCCUUUUGUUGCGUAGCUUCGCCACGUUUCGCGUCGCCGCUCGGCAUUAAGUCCGGAAUUAAAAAGUACUUCCGAAGCGAGACUAAUUCGCGCGAGGACGUAACUUCGCAUCCUCUCGAGAAGUUGUUUAUACUUUUCUCUAAGUGAAACGGGGUUCUUUUUUCUCUAAAAAAAAUUGUUUCGCGCACACACACAUAUACAUCAAAUAUAUAUACGAAAUAUAUCACGUACGCGUCGCGAAACUCGUAAUCGAUUUCGACGUGACGGACGAUCGACAAUGGUGAAUGUUUCUUGAUCGGAAUUCCCCGAUCGAAAACUGAGAUAAUAGAUUUCCGGCAAAAUCGUGAAUGAGAAGUGUAGAAGCGUAAUGCGCGCGUUUCGUAGGAGCGCAAAUCGUUCAAUGUGACUGGCGGGCGCGAAUUCGGUCGAAAUAGCUGUUCAUCCCGAGCGCAUCCCAUUUCCGGUCGUCCGCGCGGAAGCGUGACGUAUUCGCAAAGAGGAACAGUGCAUUCAUCGAUCAUGAAUCAGCGUGACGUGCGAGCGCACGCUGAUUCGACCGACGAGGAAUCGUCCCCACGACGUCAAGGAAUACUCGCGUCGGACGUCAAAGCAUGAGGAACGCCAAAGCAUUGACGUAAUGAUGCAGAGAGCGGUGCUACUGCUCUGUUGGCUGCCGCUCCUCAACCACUGCCACGCCGUAAAUCCAGGUUGUUCUUGCGUUGUAUAUAGCAGCUCGGACAGGCCUCAAGGUGGCACUUUUACAUCCCCCAAUUUUCCCAGACGAUACCCGCCGAACAUCGAUUGCCUUCUUUACACGUUCAUCGGUCAUCCAGAUGAGAUCAUCGCUUUAACGUUUCAUCAGUUUAACAUUCAUCGUAUUUGGCCCGACUGUUCCAGGGGAGACUACUUGAAGCUAUUUUUACACCUGGAGGGCAUGGGCGUUUCCGAGUACACUCCUUGGUCUAGUGUGCUUUGCGGAGACCUGCGUGACAUCCCGCAGGUUCUUUACAGCUCGACAUCGAGACUCAUUCUGGAGUUUCACACUGAGAGUCCAUCUAAUGCCACCGGCUUUUCCGGCAUUUUUCGUUUCAUCGAUAGACGUUUAUUCGAGACGGACGGCCUACUGGUGCCCGGCACGAUGUGCGACCACGAGUUCGUCAGUUCGCAAUCGACGCCUCAUUACGGACGAUUCUACUCACCGCGUUACCCGUCCUCUUAUCCGAAGAACAUCCGGUGCUCUUACCUCUUCCGGGCAAGGUUGAAGGAGAGAAUUCGUUUGGUUUUCGAGGAGAUCUCGCUGCAAAAGGGAGAUCUGAGUUGCCUGAAUAGGGCGGAUUUAAUCAGGGUGCACGACGGAACGGGUUCAGGGGCGCCCACAAUAGCCGUGCUCUGCAACCAAGGAGCGGAAGUGGAGGUACUCAGCACGGGACCAGACAUCUACGUCGAGUUCGUCGCUAAUUCCAACUGGCCGGGCCAAGGCUUCAAGGCGAAGUUCCAAUUUCAACCAUUGGACGACGCGCCGCAUCCUGAGCCGGACAAGGUCCCAGGAGCCGUUACGGGGAACCCCAGGUACUCGGUCAUCGGACCAGCUGUCAGCGCUACGACAUCGCUGUGCGACAUGGUUUACAACAGCGAUUCGACGAAAACGGGGAUAGUCAUGUCGCCUGGAUAUCCGAACCCGUAUCCGGCCAGGACGCACUGUACAUACGACUUCCAAGGAAGAGGAAAGGAACGGGUGCAGGUGACAUUUCAGGAUCUGAAUCUGUUUCACUCGCCGAACGGUGCGAAUGACUGCGAAGGGAUCGACUCGCUGGUGGCAUUCGUGCACAUAGACGGGAAAAAGGAAAAGAUAGACUCGUUUUGUGGAGAAACAUCGCCGCGGCCUAUCAUGAGCAACGGUCCGCGGCUCUCGUUGGAGUUUCAAGGGGUGACGUCGUCCCGCCAUUCAAAAGGCUUUAAAGCGACGUACUCCUUCAUGGAAAACUUCGGGAUAACGACAGGUCGGCAGGAGGAUACGUUUCCGUGUGCCUUUGUUUUUAACAGCAACGAGACCCGGAAUGGUACGUUCGCGUCGCCAAAUUACCCUGGGCUGUAUCCUCGCAGCACGGAGUGCCACUACUUCUUCAAUGGUCAACUUAACGAGCGGGUUCACCUUCAUUUCCACUUCUUCGACGUCGAGGGAGUAUUACCGUGCGAAGCUGUAUCAGCCAGCGAUUACGUCGAAUUCUCCAACUACAUGAUCAGAGAUAGAAAGUACAACAGGCACUGCGGUCAGAUGAAGGAAUUCGACAUUUACAGCGACAGGAAGUUCUUUCGCGUUACGUUCAAGAGUAACGAUCGUCUCGACGCUACGGGCUUUAAUGCCAGCUACGUGUUCCUGGAUGAGGAGGAGAAUUACACGAUAAAGAUACCUGCGAGCAACGGAUCGGCACAGCACGGUGCCGCAUUUCCGCUGAUGUUCCUGCUAUUGUUGCUGUUGACGAACCGUCUUCUCGCUGGCAGAGACUCGCAUCAUUAAGAGAAGCAGGUCAGCUAUCGGAUGGGUCCCUGGCUCAAUUUACAACGAACCGCAAUCUGGAGAAUGAGAAGGACCAUCCCAGGAAUCGCCUCGAACGGCUCUCGUCUCCGCAUACCGAAGAAAGUGGCGAAACCUCGUUGAUGAAUUCGUCGAGAGGGAGCGCGUGUGUUAUAUUAAAGUCUAUUACAUCCCUCUCCCCCUUCCUCCCUCCCAAGACACGGCGGUUUAAAUCCUUCCAUCAUCCUAUCUCUCGUUCGUUCGCGUCACGUCGACUUAUUAUCCUCCGCUCCCAUGAAAGAAAGACAUUGGCAAUAAAAUAUUUUUAUCGUCGUCUGAAAACGGCGCGCGCGGAAAGAGAAGAAAUGGAUGAGGAACCCGAGAGAGAUGUGUCAUUCGUUGAGAGUCCGUUGCAACCCCGUUACCGUUAAACAGUGGAAAGUGGGAUUAAUUGGCUGCAUGGCUAAAUUGCCGCUAAUAGCCUACGCGGGUAAGUUAUAGUCGACAGUUAAUUCUCCCCAGAAGGAUUCUUAUUUUCAGAGAGAAAUAGAGUGAGAGAGAGAGAGAGAAGAUCGCGAGAUGGUGGCUCUCUGGGAAAACAUUACGAAUCGUCGUUCCGCCGCGUCUUGAUUUAAAGAAAUGUAUUUUAAGAGAGAACGCGCGCGAUAUCUCCCCUUUUAAAAUUAUACCCAGUCUUAAUCGUAGCUGCAACGAGUCCGCGAAUAAAUUUUAAUCUCCAGCAUGUUUCUUUUAAUAUUGAACAAAUUUUUAAAAUCAAGCUGUUAAAGGAGAUUUGUACGAUGCAUGAGUAUGAUUUUACUCGUUCGACGAGCAAUGAUUUUUUUCCUUCUCCCGCGCAAAACGAAUCUCUCAAGUCACCGUCCGUGUCUAUCACUCGAGAAAGUCAUACCAUAGGAAAGAGACAAGCCUUCGCCGGAUAUACGGACGAACUUAUCGACUACAUCCUCUAUACGACUGUGAUGUUCCCCCUAUUCUUUUUUAUUGUAUUAGUUCACUUUAGAGACCUUAGAGACGGAAGCAAGUCUGAUACGCGCGCGAAAAAGCGGAUGAGUUAUUCGAAUAUAAUUAGGUCGAAUCGAGGUCUCUACUACGUAUUAAUCGCCGAUUGCAUCAUGGAAAAUUUUAGAAAGUUAAGUAUUUAUCGUCAGAGAGAGAGAGAGAGAGAGAGAGAGAGAGAGAGAGAAAGAGAGAGAAUUUUAAGCGAGUGAGCGAACGUUUUUUAAACAAAAAAAUCGCGAAUCAAUUUUGGAUUUCGAAUCCUACGAGAAUACGUAAAAUCAAUGCAUUUAAUGAGAUUAUAUGGGAGCGGUCGAAAGCGUAAUGUGUGUUCUUAAAAAUAUGUACGAUCGAACGGUUGCAAUAAUGAAUGAUCGACUGAAUUUACGGACCGCGGACAAUUAAUAAGGAAUAUUUUGAAAACACUUUUUGAGCUUGUGGAAAGAUCGUAUCGACAGCGCGUAAUUCGAUAUUACGAGGAAAAAAACAUAUUGGUGUUGAUCUUCUUUCUUUUUCAAUAUAUCGAUACGAACGUGGGAAAUUGAUCGCACUCUCGUCACGAAUUUACAAUCAUCACAUUUUCAUUAAAUUAUAAUGAUACACUUACGUGUAAAAUACAGAGUAAAUGUAUAUUUUUAUUUAACUUUUUUUUAUUAACUCGCUAUUAAAAUCGUCAGUCUCAGUUUAUUAUCAGUCUUUAAAAUUUAAUAUACAAUUUUUCUCGCGCACGAGUAUAUAUAUAUAUAUAUAUAUAUAUAUGAGAGACUUACCUCUCUUGUUAAACAGGGAUCUUUAAUUGAUUUUUUAAUAAAUUAGAGAGUUAUUUUUCAUUACUUUUAUCCAGCGAAAAAUUGAUGAGUGUCCUUUACGCGUCAGAACAUUUUUUAUCAUAUUGGCAAUUAAAUCUGCAUUAAACUAAAUUCCGCUGGAAAUUAACUGUUGAAUGUAAUUCUACUUCAUUUUAACAACAAAUUUCAUAAAUUGUAAUAAAAUUUUUGCUUGUUAAUUAAUUAUGAUACAAUCAUUAUUAUUAUAAUUACAAAUAAAAAUUUACAGAUCCACUAAAAAAGACGAUGAUAAAAAGCCUCUGCUUAGAUACAGCACAAAUUGAAGAUGAUAUAUAAAGUAUAAAUUUUUGAAAGACCGAUUUCUUUUUUUUAAGCAAUAA